AAUUUCAUUUUUUUUUUUCGAAAUAACCUUUAUUAGAGUAAAACAAAAAACUAUUAUAAUUCUAGUCUAAAUUAAUAAGAGAAUUAAGAUCGCCUAAUUGUUGUUUCCUUGUGUAAAUAAGUAACUUCAAGAUUUUUGUAUAAAAAAUUAAGAGUAAUUAUAAAAAUAGCACAUUUUACUGGCCUUGGGAAAUUAUGAUAGUAACAACACAAUACGCACCCAGCACGCAUUGAAGACAUCUGAGGAUUUUUAUUUAACAUUUCAGUUUACAUAUAAAAUUUUGUGUGACUGUGGAGUCAUCGUAGUAAUAUUAUAAUUGCAACAUAAUUAAUAAGAAGAAGCAGAAGAAGAAGAAUAAAUAAGAGUAAUACUUUAUGAAAUUGUUUGGAAUAUUGUUUUGUAUUUUGUGAACAAGUUAAUAAUAAUAAUUCAUACUACAUAAUAAUAGUAAUAUCCUAUCUGCAAAACGGAACUUUUCAAAAAAAGUUGGUGAGGCUCGUUGUUACGUAUUUGCUGCCAUAAUUUUGACUGUUGUGAGGUAUUACAUUAUAACCGUUCUGUGAUAUUUGCUACACUUAAGAAAAAAAUUGAUACGAAGGAAAGUUAAAUCAUUGUUUCAACAAGCACUAUGUCCACCAAUCCUCAGUGGAAAUCGUUCCAGCCGCCCGAUAUCUUGCAUCAAGACUCGGCUAUACUUGACUUCAAAAGCAUGACCAGCAAUGGAAAAUCUUCACAAGCAUUUAAUUUUAAUCGUUCAAACUCAAGCUCCCGUUUUGGACCUGAUUUUCCCCUGCUCCAAGACAAGUCGACAUUCAGUAGUCUAUACGGAUCAUCCAGUACGACGCACACAACCUCCCGGUUUCCACCAAUAGGCACAUUCUCAUUGGACGCCAACAAUGUUUACAACAGCAGCGGAGACUCACACACAACCAACACCAACAACAGUGUAUUCUCCAGUGUCAAUAACUCGACAACGUAUAGUGAGUCGUCGAACUCUUCGAAUUUAGGAACGAGGGAAACUGGAAUCAUUGAAAAAUUACUACAUUCGUAUGGUUUCAUCCAGUGUUGCGAACGACAGGCACGUCUCUUUUUCCACUUUAGCCAGUUUAGUGGUAACAUCGAACAUUUGAAAAUUGGGGAUCCAGUCGAAUUCGAAAUGACGUAUGAUCGGCGUACGGGAAAACCCAUAGCGAGCGCUGUUACCAAGAUCGCGCCGGAAGUUGUCAUGAGUGAAGAACGCGUCACCGGCACAGUUACCACCGAACUAAAGGCCGAAGGUUCUGGCGGUGAUACCCAAGGACGUAUCAGUUACGAGAACAGAGGCGAAUGCUUCUUUCUACCCUAUACUAAAGACGAUGUAGAAGGAAAUGUAGUACUCAGAGCUGGUGACAAAGUCAGCUUUCAAAUUGCAACGAAUAAUAGAGGUAAUCUUGGGGCGUGUCACGUUCGUUUAGAGAAUCCAGCCCACCCAGUGAAGUACCAAGGAGUUGUAUGUUCAAUGAAAGAAAGUUUUGGUUUUAUAGAACGCGCUGAUGUAGUGAAAGAAAUUUUCUUCCACUUUUCUGAAGCUAAAACGAAGGAAGAGUUACAUUUGGGCGAUGAUGUAGAAUUUAUAAUACAGACACGUAAUGGCAAAGAAGUGGCUUGUAACAUAACAAAGUUGCCACCAGGUACAGUAAUUUUCGAGGACUUAAAACCAGAAAUUCUGAAAGGUCAAGUGUUAAAACCACUGGAUCGUGCUCCUAAUGUCCGCCAUCAAACAGACGCGUUGCCAGGACGUAUUCGUUUCCGAGCACCAGACCAUUCGGAAGUGGAGAUAGCUUUCGGUGAGAAAGACCAAAAGGGCGACUUCACCCUUCGUCACGGUGACUGGGUUCAGUUCCAAAUCGCGACGGAUCGUCGAGAUCAGCUAAAUCGUGCUACAAACAUUUCUCUCCUUGACGAGAGCUUCGUCGUAUCAGGCGAGCGUCGCGAACAGGGCGUCGUAGCGUCAACCAAAGACGGCUUUGGUUUCCUAAAGUGCGUCGAACGGGAGCCGCGUCUAUUUUUUCACUUCAACGAGGUCCUGGACGUAGACGAGGAAGUCAAGGCUGGUGACGAGUUCGAAUUCACCGUAGUUCAGGAUCAAACAGGGGUCGCAGGCGGGGGAGGGACCUCCACUUAUGGCAAUAAUGGACGCCAGAGCGCUAUAAGAAUGAAACGACUCAAACCGGGUACGGUACAAUUUGAAACUCGUGUGGAAAAUGAUCUGACAGGAGUCGUGUGUCGCGAGACGUCGCCAUACGGAUGGUCAACGGCCAACGGCGGUGGACGCAGUCCCACGAAGCUUCAACAACAGCAACAGAACGGUAAUGGGACGGCAGAAAUGGUCGAUUGUGGGCUUAUUAGCUAUCAGACGACGAACGGGGGCGGCACCAAGAAAACGGUUCCUUUUUAUUUAAAAGACUGCGAAAUUAAACCUUUCCCACGACUUGGAGAUAAGGUUCAAUUUAAUUUGAAUCAGGUGAAAAGAAACAAGGAACUGGUGGCUGUGGACGUGCAGGUGAUCCAGGUGGCUUCUCAAACGAAUGGUAUAACGAAAAUGAGCAACCGUUACAGUAAUAGCAACAACAAUAAUACUAGCAACAAUGCUCAGAUUUAUCAGGGGUUCAUUGCAGCUUUAAAGGAUGGCUUUGGCUUUAUAGAGACUAUUCAACAUGACAAAGAAGUGUUUUUUCAUUUUAGUAAUUAUGAAGGUGACCCGAACACACUAGAAUUAGGUCAAGAGGUCGAGUACAAUUUAGGCAGUCGCGAGAAAUCGGGAACAUGUUCAUCGGCCGAAAACGUUCGAACAAUUCCCAGAGGAACCAUCCAACUCCCCACAGCAUCUGGAGAAGUUUUGGAUGGAACAAUAGUACGCCCAUUACGUUCGGUAAAUCCUGACCAGGUUGAAUAUUGUGGCUUAAUUCAAUGGACGGACGAUGGAGGUAACAAUGUGCCAACGGUAAAGGAAUGUGAGUUUGGAAUCAUGGGAUUAGCGAACAAGAGGGAACUGCUGCAAGUUGGUGAUGCCGUUCAGUUCCAAAUUGGGUCAGAUGGACGCGCCACAAAUAUCGUUGCUAUGCGAAAAAAACUGAAAGCAACGGUGGACGCGAUAAAAGGCCAGUUUGGAUUUCUCGCAUACGAAGUUGAAGAGGGAAAGAAGCUCUUCUUUCAUAUGUCCGAGGUUAAAGACAACGCGAAUCUUCAAGUUGGAGAUCAGGUCGAGUUUGUGCUCGUCACGAACCAGAGAAACGGCAAAUCGUCCGCAUGUAACGUUAUUAAAGUCGGUUGCCAGAGUGGGCGUCGCACAGCCAAUGGGCAAGGGGUCAAGAUGAUAGGUAGAGGAUAUGAAUUGGAUGGACAAGCGAGACCAGAACGCCUGAUAAGUCGGUUACGUACAGUAUCUUUGGACGAUGCGGGACCUAGACUGAUGGUGCUGAGACAACCUAAAGGACCGGACGGAUCGAAGGGGUUUUCCUCGGAAGCAAGGACGCCAAGAUCAGCUGGAACAACUCUAUCGGAAUAAUGAAUGAAAUAGUAACUAUAUUUAAAAAAAUUAAUUAAUGAAAACAACAAAAAAAUAAGUCACAUACAUACAUACCUUCAUACAUACAUAAAUGCAUACACGACUACACAUAAAUACAUACAUAUAAGGACAUUUUGAACACAUUUGAGAAAAAAGAGAACACGCCCCGCAUUAUGCAUCCCCAUUAAAUAAUCAUCUUCGUUGUCGUCUUCAAAAAAGAAUUAUGUGAGGACUAGCGCCUUUUGAUUUGUUUUUUUUUUAUUACUGUAAUUUUUUUCUCUUGCACUAAUUCUGUAGCCUCUAACCGAUUCUUUUUUUUAAUACUGCUCUUGUUAUAAAAAAAAACGAACCCAAUAUUUUGUAAGUGGAUGAAUGCUAAAAAAAAUCAUUCAAAAAAAAAGAACAAAAAAAUAGUACCUUGGUUUAUUAAAAAAAUAGUUUUUUUCUCAUUUGCAUUUGUUUCCCAAUCAAAUAACUUCAUAGAAAAGAAAGAAUCUUUGUUCUUAUAUUACGUGUUAAAUGUGCUUUCGAAGAACGCUAUGGGGUAACUGUUUAAAACGAAAAGUAAGAAUCUACCAUAUUAGUUCUGGAAUUGAAAAAUUACAUUUUUCUGCUUAUUUUUUUUUUUCAUCAUUUAAAAUUCCGUGAUUUUGUAAGGUAAUUAAAUUAUGUGAUACCUGUUAUAAAAAGAAGCCCCAUAGUUUAAAGCUCAUGCGCAUUUUGCUUGGAAACAUAACAGCAAGCAAGAAAAAAGUAUAAACAAUUGGUUAUUUGAAGUUCAUUAUUAUAAUGAAUUUGAAAUUUUAGAUAAUACUACUGCUACUGUAACUAAGUAACUACGUCGUUAAGAAAUUAGAUUAAAAAACCUAGAAAGACUGCAUCGAUACUCAUAAACUGUGCUGUUUCUCUUUUUAUUUAUUUUUUAUUUUCAACUUAUGGACAAUUAGUUUUGAUAAAUUAUAAUUAAAAAUUAAGGAAAGGUAAAAUGUUUUUUACUUUUUCUCUCACACUAAUCUUGUCAAAGCUGUGAAGAUUUUAAUUAAAUAAUAUAACAAAGGGUGAUCUUCUUUCUCAAGUAAAAGUCUCAUAUUUUUGUUCAACUGUUACUGUUAUUUCCAAAAUAUGAAAGCAGAACUUGCAUUACUUUAAAAAAUAAAAACAAAAAGGUAUUUUAUUUUCGUAUUUAUUUUUUUUACAUUGCUGUAAUUGUCCGAUUUCAAUCCUUACAAUUCGGGUUUUACGCUUAUUAUGCUAUCUGCAAUGAAUAUUAUGUUUUAUUAAUCGUGAAGACUCAUUUAAUCGUUUACGAGUUCAGAUUUAUAUACAGAAAUAGAAUACUUUUUGCUUCCGCUCGUAUAUUUUGGAGAUAAAAAGCUCCUAGUUGUAUUAAAUAUGAUAUUUGUAGCUUGAGGGACCAUUUACCCACACAUUCUCAAGGGAAUUGUUUCUGUCAUUAAAAUAAAUAUAUUUAUAACGAGAGGCUAACACAGUUUGCGAUAUCGGGAGAUAAAGUUGGAAUCAGUUCUGGACUUAAAAAAUCGUGCCAUUCUCAUUAGGAUUUUAACAUAAAUAAAGUAACCCCCAGCUCUUUUGUUGCAUUUAAAAUUCUUUCAACAUUCCUUGAGAUAACUACUGCGUAACGUUUUAGUCUGGAACUGAACUUUAUCCUCAUAAUUUUUUUUUGUCGUUCGUUUUUCCCAUUUUGUACAAUAUUAAAUUUAGAGAAGAAUAUGAUUUUGUUUGGUUUCUUUUGAAUGUCGCGCCCCUUUUGCAGUACCCGCAGCACUUUUUCGCCGUCGUCAUCCUCAUAACGAAACGAACUCCCUGUGAUGGUUCACUGUUCUGUGAUAACUGGACCUGACUUAACAAAAAAAAAAAAUAAGUAAAGAACACAUUAUCGUCGUCAUUGCCAUCGAAACCGAAGCGAUUUUAUUUCUUUUUAAUUCCUCAGACCUCCAUCGUUUCUCCCUACUAUUUUUUUUCCAUCCUUCUGUCUAAUAUUAUCCUGAUACUCGUAGAAAUAGAAAAAUAAUUAUUUGUUGAUGCUGUUACAUGGAAGAAAGAACGUCGCAAUAGUUUUGUGUGUAUUGUACAAUAUUAAUAUCGAUUUUGCCCGAAUUAUUAAAUUUUUUUCGAUCUG